CCGCUCUUUAGAAUGACGAUUGAUUUAUCGAAGAAAUAUUUUGAUAUAAAAAUUUUGCUUUAAAAGCCAUAUUAAUGAAAUUCCAUGUUAUUAUUUUAACUUUGUAUAACUUGAAAAGUGUAUAGCCGAAUUAAAAGGUAAAUAACAAAAAAAAAAAAAUACUCAAGUGUAUGUACAUUCGUGUGAUAAUACACUCAAGUUUAAGAAUAAUGAGGAAGUAUGAGUAAUUAAAGGUUAAAGAUGUACCUAGAAAAAGUUUAAAAGUGCUCAAAGGUAAAAAUGUCUUGUAACAAUUGUCACUUAUUGUCAUAUUAGCAUUACUAAAAAACGGGCUACUAAACAUAAGUAAUUGUUAAAUUAUACCUAAUAAUAGAGGUAACCGUAUUGUCGACAGUAGCCUCUUCUCCUCUAUUUAUAAAUAAUGUUUUAAGAUAUUAAUACGUUUAUAAUUAAUUCAGGGCAUUAUAAGACUGUAUAUAAGACAGUCUUAAAUAUAAGAAUCAAUUAUAAAUAUCGGAUCUCAAUCUUCUCUUCCAUAUUAUAUUGCUUAAAAUAUGAAAAGUAAAUAAAAUAAAUAUUAAUUUCAUUCUUUACUUAAUAAAUAAAUAAAUUGUCCAAUUUUAUAGGUCCAUCUGAAAAUAAAAAUAAAUGUAUAAAUAGUAACAUGCUUUGCGCGAACCGAAUAUUCUAUUAUUCCAAAUAUUUUGCAGUUGUGUAUGAUAAUUAAAUAGUAUUAAUAAAUAAGUAGUUUGAAUAGUGUUACUAAACCUAAAGAAUAGUUUACUAAUUAAGUAUGUACAAAUCCUCAAAUGAUGAAAAAUUAUUCUAUUGUUUAACAGUCAUUAAAAAUAACAGGAAAUGUUUAAAAUACUUCAAGAACUAAUACGAUUUUUAUUUUUUUUCACAACUAAAAAUACAAAGAACUUAUACAAAGUUAUUAUUUUUUUAAUGUUAUAAUUACUUAAAUAUUAAAAAUCUUAGUAACAAUUUUAUUGCUAUCUUGAACUUUAUCACAUAUCUUUUAAACUUUUAUCUAAUUGUAAGUAUCAGUAGGAUUAAAAAAAUUGUAGAAAGAUAAAAAUUGUUUCGGUACAAAGAAAGAAAAAUUUUGAAAAUAUAUAAUUUUUUUUAAAUAGGGGAGACCGAGGUUAUUCAGAAUACUUUUUUUUGCGUUUCCUGGGUUUUGUAUUCAUUAAAAAAAAAGUUGGACGGUUUUAAAGGUUGAACCUUUCUCUUCACAAUGCCCUUAUAAAUAGAAGACGGAAUGUAUUUGCUUUGAACUACAUAUAAAAACAUUGUCCAGUGCUAAGUGUUUUGAAUAGCCCUGAGCCCGGAGUAAUUUGAAGCUAGUCCGGGAAUAUUCUGAAAUUUAUGUUUUAAGAUGAAAAAAUGUAAAAAAGCUGUUGAUAAGACUUUGUUUCAUUCAGAAAAGGAUAUAUAAUAUUAUGAAGAAAUGUUUACAUAUAAUAAAAGAAUACAAACACAUUAAAGAAUUUUAUUUCUUUAGCGUUUUUGGAACAAAUCAGGGACUUCGUAUUUCAUGUAAUUACAUGUGUUGAGUAUUAAAUUGUGUAUUUUGUUACAUAGAACGCGAAUAUGAAAGAAAAAAAUUGUCCGAACGACGAUUCGAUGUUUGGUGUUUCGAAUAGCCCUGACGUUAACUGUGCGCAUUAUUGUGUAUCUACAAAAGUAAACAUCACACAGCAAAAAGUAAACUUGAAAUGUUUUAAAUGCAUUCAACUGGACACGAUACAUUCAAUGUUUUCAAAAAGAAUUUUAUAUAUUUUACUUAAAUUUUGAAGAAAUAUUGACUGUCGAAGAUUACUUCGAUUGUCGCAAAAACACAUUUUUCACUGCUACUACUUCAAUAUGACGCCGUUGCCAACAAAACUUUGUUAAGAAGAAAGAUAGAAGAGAUAGUGGAGGCAACGGGGAUGAGUGCGAGAGUAGAAGGGAUGAGGAGGAUAGGGAAUAAAAAUAAGAGGGGGAGGCCACAUUGUAUGGGUAAGAUUUGCGAGUGUGAGAGAGAAAAUAGAUGUGAUGAAGGGAAAAGUGUAAUUAAAAGUAGCCCCGGGUUCGACCUACUGGAUUACGGCAUCUUGAGAUGUCUGCCGGAGUCGGCUCUGGAAUUGUUCAGGGAUAGUUAUAAUAAAAUAUUUGAGGACGGCUUGUUCCCAUCAAUCUGGAAAAAAUAUAUAAUAAUUUUGAUAUCAAAAAAGGCCAAAAAAGGCAAAAAUUGCCAAAAAAAGGCAAAAAUGAUUUUAGACUAAUAGCACUUGAAUCCUGUACUUUGUCGAACUAGAUGCAAUAAUUCCAAGUUGUCAAUACGCUUUCCGAAAGGAGAAAUCAUGCGAUAAUUGUCUGGCCUUAUUAAAUUUAGAAAUCUACAGAGCUUUUUUGAAUAGGAAAAUUAUGGAGGGGGGGGGGGUAGAUAUCAAAACUGCAUACGAUAACAUAGACGUCUGUCAGUUUUUUAGUAUGAUAAAUAAUUUGAAAAUUCCAUUGGGUUACAAAUAUUUUAUUAAAAACUUUUUGGAACCAAGAAAUGUUGAAUUUUUUGAAAACGGUAAUUUUAAAGGAAACAGGAUUAUAUAUAAGGGAGUAUCACAGGGAGCUGUUCUUAGCCCCCUACUCUUUAACAUUUAUGUAGCGGACAUUUUCAUUCAUAUACCACACAAUUGCAAAAUUAUUUAAUUUGCCAACGACGUGGUCAUACUCACAACAGACGGCAACUUAAAUAGGAUAAAUAAUCCAGAGAGCUUUUUCUGAAAUUAAUACGUGGUUAGAAUUCCGAGGAUUAGAAAUCUUUGUGGAAAAAACUCAAAUCUGCUAUUUUCAUUGGAAGAAGAAAUUUAAUGAAACUAAUACCAUUCAAAUUAAUAACAAAAAUAUUAUUAUUUUAAAUAAAAUAAGAUAUUUGAGGGUCGUCUUUGACAAAGGUGGAAAGACCACCUAGCGGCAGUUAAAAAUAAAACAUAUUGUUUCCAAAAUAUCCUAAAAUGGAUUACCGGUAGAAGCUGGGGAGGGAGGGGGAGGGAGUAAUUGCCCAGGCUAGCUUUGAUUUUAUAAAUGCUACCAUCACGGCAUAAAUUGGAUGGGAGGCAAUAUGAUACAAGAGCUUUGCUAAUUUCUAUUUAAAUUUAAUAGAUAAAAUCCUUGCAUCUAAUUUUAAAAGAGUUUUAGAUCUCCCUAAUUUGCAUCAAAUAAUGUAAGUUGGAUUUUGUCCAAACAGAAAACGUCUGCCAGAACAAUAACAACAGACUGUGACAAAUUUAUUCUUAAAGUCUUCUAGCUAAAAAAUUUUGAAUUAAUAAAUAAAAUUAAGAACAAGUAUAAUCUUAGUAUGGGAAGAAAAUUAAAUGCAAGAAAUAUCCCCUUUAUCAUUAAAAGAUGGGAAACAAUUAAAAAAUUUUUUCCACACGUACAAAUGGAACAUCCAUCCGCCCCCCGGCGGGCGGAUCUCGAUAGCGCACGGUGCGAUAGCUUACGUCCCGAUAGCACACGUCAAAUUUAAAAUAAUUCCCGACAACCCACGUCUUUUUAGCACACAUCCCGAUAACCCACAAAGUAAAACGCGCACCUGCCCGAUAACAUACGUCUCGAUAGCACACGUCAAAUUUAAAAUAAUUCCCGAUAACCCACGUAUCUUUAGUUUACGUGCCGAUAACCCACGAAGAAAAACGUACGUCUGGUCGAUGACGCACGUCUCGAUAGCCCACGUCUCUUUAUCGUACGUCUCGAUAGCCUACGUCUCUAUGGUGCACGUCUUGAUAGCCCACGUCUCUAUUGGGAAAUUCGAUGUGUCACUACGCUACCUAGCGGGAGAAAUCCGAAUUAGCACUAGUAGGUAGCUCUGUCGUGUUUAUAUAGCAAUCAGCCGAAUUUAAAUACAAAUUGCAAUAUAGAAUAAGUUAUGGAGUUUUUACCGCGAAAAAAUAAAAGCAAUAUUUUUUUGUUGUGUCUUUGGUUGCACUAGUCAAGCUCGCAGAAAUGACACUGUUAGAUUUUUUCAUUUUCUUGAAGAAGGCAAAAAUCUCGUUAAAUUCAUAAAUAAGUUUAAUACAGAGGAAGCAAUUGAUCGUCGAACAGCGUGGAUUAAAGUAUUAAAAAUGGGAAAAAAGGUUUCUGCUUCUAUGAGAGUGUGCUCUCUUCAUUUUACAAAAGAAGACUUCAUACCAUCACAAGGUAAAAAUCAUAUACGUCAUUUAAAGAAAACAAGCAUUCCAUCGCUUAAUUUACCAAUUGGAUCAACGAGAAAAAUUAGUCCGCAAAGAAAAAUUCAAGCAAAAUGCAGAGAAGAAAGAUGGCAUAAAAGAUCUUGUGUAAAACAAUUAUCAGUAGAAAAUAUUUGUGAUGUACCUGAAAAAGAAAUUGUAAUGCAAACUACUGUUUCUGAUAAAACAACUGAUCAAAAUGUAAUUGAAAAAGCAUUGCCUGCAAUUAGAAUAAUUGAUGAACAUGGAUGUCUUGCAGAAGUUGUGGAAGAAAAUGUCAAAACUUCCUUAACAAAUAAGGAUAUAGGAAUACAAGUUCAAAGUGAUAAUAUUUUUGUAAAAUUUUCAAGUAUUAUUAUUUCUGAUACUGAAUUAAGUACAUUAACUGGCAUUUAUAGUUUUAGUUUGCUCAAUACAAUUGAAACUCUUGUAAAAACUACAUACAAGGAAACACCUACUGCAAAUACAAAAACGGAUAUACGAGAAACAAUAAUAAUGACUUUUAUGAAAUUGAAACAAAAUAUGUCUUAUGCUUUGCUAUCAAUUUUAUUUAAAUGCAAACCAAACACUUGCAAAGAAAAAAUAUUUCAAAUGCUUGACAUUUUAUAUAUUUGUUUAAAGCCAGCUAUUUUGUGGCCAAACAAAGACAAUAUUUUAAAGAAUAUUUCGCUAUGUUUUAUGGGGUUUGAAGAUGUUCGAGUCGUAGUUGAUUGUACUGAAAUUAAAAUUCAAAAGCCAAAGGAUUUAUGUUGUCAGAUUGCAACUUUUUCGCGUUACAAAAGUAAUUACACAAUUAAAUUUAUGACUGGUGUAACACCAGCUGGUUUAAUUUUAUUUGUGAGCAAAUGUUAUGGAGGACGUGCUUUUGACAAGGCAAUAUUCGAGCAAAGUAAAAUCAUACAGAAAUUAAAUAAAAAAGACGCAAUCAUGAGAGAUAAAGGAUUUCCAAUUGACGAUAUUUGUAAAUUAAAUGAUAUAAAACUUAUUAGACCUCCUUUUCUAAAAGAUAAAAAACAAUUUUCAAAAACAGAUGCAAUAUUAACCCGUAAUAUUGCCACAGCACGAGUGCAUAUUGAAAGAAGCAAUCAAAGGUUAAAAACUUUCCAAGUCUUAGGAUCUACAAUGCCUGCGUGUCUUAUAAGUAAAGCUGAUGAAAUUUUUAAUAUUAUUUGUGCUGUUGUAAAUUUGAGUGCUCCAAUAAUUAAAGAUGAUAAAUUUUGUUCACAACACAAAGCAAAAUAAAAAUAUAGUAUCUUAA